AUGGCUCCUCCUCCACCUAAUUCCAGCCAACCUCUGCAGGAGAGGCUGCUGCAGCUGGCCAAGACACUGCAAUUCGCUUGGUUCGUUGGGCAUAUGACUCUUAUUCUGACCACCAUUCGAUAUGGAUUCUCCUGGCUGCGCAUGAAUUACUAUGGCGGCAUGGCCAAGUUUUCUUACCGUACUUCUUUCCUUGCUGCCGCUGUCACUUACGGCAUCGUCGUUUACAAGGCCCAGCGAGCUCGAGCCAAGACUGGCAACAAGAUGCCGGGUGGCAUCGUUGGUUUCAUGUCCGAUGAGAAUAUCCAAUACUUGCUCAUGGCCUUCGUCUGGCUCUUCUCUCCUCAGUAUCCGCUCGCGCUCCUUCCUUACUGCGUCUAUUCUAUCUUUCACGUGGCAACAUACACUCGCGCCAACUUGAUUCCCGUCCUCCAGCCGCCUCCCCCUGCAGUCGACGGUGCCUCUCCCAAGCGUGUCAGCAACCCCCUGGCUGAUAGGAUCGGUGCCUUUGUCAAGGAAUACUACGACGCCUCCAUGUCCGUUGUCUCUGGACUUGAGAUUCUGCUCUGGGUCCGCAUCUUGCUAUCAGCCAUUCUCUUCCAGCGCCGCUCUUGGAUCUUGAUUGCUCUGUACACUGCUUUCCUCCGAGCCCGCUACUCACAGAGCACCCACGUUCAAAACUCCAUGUCGCAACUCGAGGCCAGGAUCGACUCUCUUGUCGGUGCCCAGGGUACACCCCCCGCCGCUCGCCAAGCUUGGGACACUGUCAAGAGUGUUGGACGACAAUUCCGCGAUGCUACUGAGGUCAGCAGGUUCGUGGGCGGUCCCGCCCCUGCCAAGAAGACCUCGUAA